UUUUUGGACAACAGUAGUUGUCGUUUUGAACGAACGAAGUCAAAAUUUUUUCAAUUAUUUUUUUGCAAUUACCACAGUUUACACUCAUUUUGCAUUAGUUAGCUUUUGAUCACCAGAGAACUAAACAUUUUCAUCUGAAAACCACAGAUAUGUACAAAAACGUCGACCCAAACACCGCCUUUGCAGGCUCUGCCAUCGCACAGGGCGCGGGAAAACUGAUCGAUAUAGACGAAUGGUGUCCGACUACGAAAGAGAGACGCUGGCUCCUCAUUGCAGGGUCCAGACACCCCCCGGAUGCUGUAAUUCUAUCGCAAAAGGGAGAGAGAGAAGCGAGGAGUGAUGCACAGGGGGACGGAAGUACUUUUCUGAAAAGAGUCAGCAAUGAUUUUGUAAACAUGGAACGCGCAGUUGGUCACACCCUAAAAAACAAAAUCCAAAACAUCGAAAUGCAUAAACGAGAAGUGGAGAACCACCUCAGGGAGUUCUUUGACUUCUGCAGAGCAAAUGACUUCAAGCCAAUGCUCUACUAUACCGGUCACGGUGAAUUGCCAACUGGGAACUGGUGCUUCACAGACGGGGUAGUUGGCAUUGAGGAAAUUCUGGAAUGGAUGCCAGCUGGCAUGACUCCGCCUACUAUCGUCAGUGACGCGUGUUUUAGUGGCACAUGGUCUAACUUUUGCACUCAGAAACAAAUUGAAGGAUUCGAUUGUCUUUCUGCAACUAAAAUGCAUCAAGCUGCCUUCAACCAAGGGGAUAAAGGAGGAGAUUUGACACUCUACUUAACUGGUCAAGGAGAUCAACUACCCGAUGGAAGACCAACAAGUACACCUCUCUACAGCCGAGGAAGACAAGAAGAUUUCAGAGACCCAUUGAAGUACAAUAAGGUCACUUUUAUCGAUCUUGUGAAGUACUACACAUUCAAUGACGAACAGGUGCUUCUUAACCAGUGCGUACACAGCAACUACAUGUAUACCGUGUUUGGUUCUUACGCAAAAUAUAAGAGGAGGAAAAAAGACUUUUGGUGCAGUGCAAGUUUUGAAGAGUUUAUGAAAGAGAUGAAGUCUCAGAAAAAGUCGGGAAAGUUUAUUUACUCCGUCGCAGCAGAUCAAUCGACGGGUAAAAUUUACGCUUACGCAAUCGAGGGUUAUGGUAACUUCCAGGUAAUUAUGCCUUCAGAAAGUCCAAAAGACUUAGCGUCUCAAGAUCUGUCAAUCACAGGCUGUUUUGCUCUGAAUUCCAAGUACUAUUUUCUACUCACAGCCGGAGUUGAAGAAUUCAAGGGCAAGAAACAAAAAGUGCUGACUGCAAAGACCAGGACAGAACUGGAAAAUGAGAUUCAAACUUACAAAUCGAAGGGUAUGAUCAUUACUUCAGUCUGUUUCAGUGUUGAGAACGAAAACUAUCUUGUUGUCAUGACUGAAUCAGAUCUUCCACAGCAACACAAAUGGUUUACAGACGAUGGCACUUUGUUUGUAAACUGGGACAGAGAACUCUAUAACAAUAAUAAUUACUAUAAAAUACAAUUUUUCCAUCCAAUCGAUGGUCAUCAAUUGUGUGUACGGGUGAAAGACAGCAGCCUACAGGAGGGGCCUUCGAUAGCUGCCCUUCUUUACAGCUGAAAUCAUUUCUUGAUCAUUGCAUACGAAUUGUUUUUAGUUAUUAACUUCAACUAAAAUCAAAUAAGUUUUGAUUCUAUCUUCCACUUUAAUAGGAUUGUUGUCAAUUGAAUGAUUUGAAAUACGAUGAUAGU